AUGCCAGCGGAAGAUGCCAGACCCCGUCAAGUGACCAGCCUGUCCUUUCGCUUCCGGUCGCUGUCCAUCAGCGCAUUUAUCCUGAAACUGUGGUGCCUAAAUAAAGUAGCCGGCGACGUAUCGGAUGAUGCCUUUGUCGUCGCGCUGGUCAGCGGCAAGAUAAAGGUCACGCUCAGCGCAGAAGCCAUAAUGAACGACAAGUUGGAAUGGACGGUCGGUGAAACGCUCAACGAUGACAAAUGGCAUUUUAUCAAAUUUCACCGGCAUGGAAAAUUCGUCAAAAUUAUACUGGAUAAUUACGAACUGGCCGAAACAUCCGCCACCCUGGACGGCAUCUCCCUGCACUAUAGCCGGCUGGACCUAGGCAAGCAGCCCGGCACCCGCUCCAAGAAGUUCAUUCGAGCCUCCCGCUUGCCGCUGACCUCCUCCCACCGCCCUCCACCCCCGGCGUCCCCGCCCUCCACCCGGCCCCUCCCGCCCUUCCGGGGCCACCUCCAGAACCUCCACCUGGACACCACCGACGUCCUCACUCGCCUCCAAACCACGCCCGUGGACCCCGGACCCUCCAGCUUCUCCUUCCAAAGCCCCGAGGCCUUCGUGACCCACGAGCCCCUCCAGGCCGACCCCCAGCUCUCCCUCCGCUUCGCCUUCCGCACUGUGCAGACCACCGGGCUGAUCCUAUUCAACGGGAAGUACGCCCAGGACUUUAUCGCCGUGGAAUUGGUCCACGGGACGCUCCCCCUCGUCUUCGACAUGGGCAACGGCGCCCAGAGCCUGUCGUCCAGCAGCCGGCGUCCCUUAAACGACAACCUGUGGCACAGUGUGGAGAUCGGCCGACCCGGGCGGACAGACCACGUCCUGGUGGUGGACGGGGAGAAGUGGGUGUUGGUCGACGUCAAGGAGAAGUCCCGGCUGAACCUCCAGGGGAGUCUGUAUGUCGGGGGACUUCCCAAGCGGAUGUUCGCCAGUCUCCCGCGGUCAGUGCGGGCGCAGACGGGGUUUUCGGGGUGUCUGGCGGGGUUGACGAUCAACGGGGUGGUGGCGGAUUUGGUGGGCGGGGUCAAGGUCAAGAGCGACAUGGUCGUGGCGGGGUGCCAGGGUCCCCGCGGGGAGUGCGGGAAGGGCGCGGUGUGUCAACAUGGCGGACGGUGUGUGCAGCAGUGGAUGGGAUUUCGGUGUGACUGUGAUAUGACGUCUUUCACCGGAAGUACUUGCUCAAACUAUAGCACUGCCUACCGGUUCGGCCCGCUGCCGGGCUUGGUGAUUUAUCAUUUCGAUGCGGCACAACGGCCGGAUUCGCGAUCUGACCGCAUCGCUUUUGGGUUGGUGAAGUCGGAAGACGAGGCGCUCUUCUGCCGCAUCGGCAGCUUCACAUCCGAAGAUGUGAUUGAAUUCCAGAUUGUUGCCGGCCACCUGUUUGUCGUGUACAAUAUGGGCAAUUAUGCGCAUUUAAUCAGCGAUUUUCAGCACCGGUUACACGACGGUCGGUACCACGUGGUGCGGUUUGAACGCGAUGGUGCCAAUGCCACGCUGCAGAUUGACGGGCACGAGCCGGUUACAAAAGUUCCAUCAGGCAAACAACACGACAUCUUCAACGGCAUCUCCACGGUGGAGAUCGGCGGCAAACUCAACGCCCGCCACGACGACAUCGAGCGGGCCUUCCAGGGCGUCAUUGCCGGUCUGGUCAUCAACGGCAUCCGCAUCCUGGAUCUGGCAGCCGAUGCCGACGGGAACGUGCUGCUGGAAGGUCAUCCGGAGCUGGUCAGCGACAUGGAGAAGGAACUACAGGCGACGAAUGCCUCCUUCCCCGAGAAACAGCAGCCAGCGGAAUGGAUAGACCAGAUGCAGCACACCGACGUCACCCACCACGGACCGGACACCAAAGCGUCUGAUGAUCUGUUUGUCGCCACGCCGGCGCCCUGUAAAGUAGAAGAUACCGGGUGUACACUGACCAACAGUCAGAAAAAUGACGAUCUGAUUUUUGCAUCCUUCACUAUUGUGAAGACAACGACAGUAUUCCCGAAAACGACGACAACGGCAUCGACGUUGUCGACCACUGCCAAACGGGUGAUUUCCUCACCGCGCUCAGUAAUCUGUGAUGACGAAGAAGACUGUGAUACGGAGGCGUCCGGCGAUGCCAGCCCUCUGGCCGCCCGCUCCGCCCUCUCCCGGUCCACGCGCCCGCCAAUCAUCAUCAACGUGACCUUUACCACCCCGCCGCCCUUCACCACCCCCGCCUCCCUCUUCCGCACCGCCGAGUCUAUCCAGACGCCCUUCCCCAAACCCACCUUCACCGUCACCCCGCCCCCCGGGAAACUGGGCACCUACCCGACGUUCCCGCCGGCCCCAGUCCUCUCCACCACCGCAGCACCUGGAGGUAAUCCCCUGGACAUCUUCCGGGAGAACGCGGCGCUGAUCGCCGGGAUCGCGGUAGGCGUGGUCAUUCUGGUGGCGUUGAUUGUGUUCCUGGCGGUGCGCUAUCGCAAGAACGGCCGCCCAGCGACGACCGCCGCGGCGGCCGACGGCGCCAAGACCUACCAGACCUUCAGUAAGCCCGAGCCGAGUCCGGCCGGGACGAUGCAGCGCAACGGGCAUGCUCGGCCGGUGCAGACCGGCGGAAAUGGGACGAUGGGGCGGAACAAGGAUAAAGAGUAUUAUGUCUGA